ACCUUUGUUGCCUUGGGACUGAUGUGGGACCUGGUAAAUUAGAUAGAGCACGAUGAUCUCCUCUGUUUGACUACGAACACACUCACCUGCAGGUUCACUAUCUCAGGAGGAUGUUGGUUCAACAAACUUCUAACGCAGCAGGCGAAUGAUCAAAUUUGCUUUCUGCGUGACCUAACCGUGACGAGCAAAAAUGCCGGCUGCAUGUGUGUUGGUUAACCGCGUCACUCAGUAAGGUCAUUAUUCAUGAUUCGUGGGCUUACGAGAUAUAGAGCCGAUGAUUAGUAUUUAACCAUUCAAAAAUGGGAGUAGGGAGGAAUCAUCGCACAACCAGCAUUUCAGAAACAACUGAUCAAUCAACUGCCACAGAAAAAUCUUCCUGCCCUCUUGUCGCUAGUUUCCUGCAUCGCGAUGUGUUUUUACGACCUGGUCGUCUGGAAAUGCGGCUAUUGGAGAUGGGGCAAGUUUCGAGAGCGGUGCCACAAAGAGUAUCGCACCGGUGAAACCUGUGGGAAUGAGACUUGUGUUCGAGCGCCGAAAUCAACAAACGACUUGCAACCUAUGCAAUCAAAUCACAAAGAAAAACAACACGAUCGAAAGGACAGCCGAAAGGAUGGCAAGGCUUCGGAAAUGGAAUUGCUACGCUAGUGUCGCAAGAUGCGAGGAAGACCUGACGGAGCUUGGAGUCCAUAUUCAGAGGUUGGACGAGCAACAUUUCAGAGACGUGUGCGGUGAAGCCUACUUUGCGUCUCAAGUCCGGAAAUACUUUUGAGCUACAGCUUAGCAUUGGCCGUUCGGCUACCUGUCCACGCGCGAGCUUCCAUUAAUGCUGCUCAUUAACAUGACUAGCUAUCCAAAUCAAGCUCCUUUACUAUCUUGUCUUUUUAAGUUAUUAUCGGUCAGAUAGAAUGCUAAGCUCAGAUGCUUCCCACGCUUCAAUCACUCUAAUUGCGAUUCGAUAACGAUACGCCAGGUUGAGAACGCAAUAGGGUGGGGGCAUCAUUGCAAAGCUGUGAAAAACGCUGAAACCAAGGUCUUGCCAGAACAAGGCUUGUGGUAGGCAACCAACAUCCGCAGUGGAAACGCUCGGUAGGGGUCGCCGCCA